CUCCAAAGGCCCGACUAUAUUGAUUGACUGUAAGUUGUAACCUACAUUCUCUGUAUAUCAAAGGUACUAUUCACUAGUAUUUCCGUAACAACAAACCAAAAAAAUUAAUGGAGAAUCAUGCUAAAGUGGCUAGCCAGCUGGAGCCAUGGCGAGAACUCACCGGUAAAGUGGUGAUGAUCACCGGCGCAUCAUCGGGAAUCGGCCGAGAAUUCUGCCUCGAUUUGUCCAGAUCUGGUUGUAGAAUCAUCGCCGCUGCUCGCCGUGUUAAUCGAUUGAAAUCUCUCUGCGAUGAGAUCAAUGGAUUCAGCUCAAACUCGAACGAGUCAAGUUUGAAUCAGGAAGUGCGAGCCGUAGCAAUAGAGCUUGACGUUAGCGCCAAUGGUCCGAUCAUUGAAGACGCCGUGCAGAAAGCUUGGGACUCCUUUGGACGAAUUGAUGCUUUGGUUAAUAACGCCGGUGUUAGAGGUGAGAUGCAUGAUUAUUCUCGAAUUUCUUCACUGCUUUACGGUGUCGUUUGAAACUUUGAUUGCGUGAUAUUAGAUGAAACCAAGUUAGCAUUUGCACAUAGUUAUGGUUGAAACUUGAAAAAAUAAGUUUUUAAAGAAGAGAUGAAAAAUGAUUUUUGAAAGGUAGAAAUUGUGUUUG